CUAUAUGUUCAUUUCGGUGUAUUACAUAGUCUAAGAAAUAAUUUGCACACUAAAAGAAUCGACAUUUAUUAAACUCGUUGUAAUGACAGAAAACAGCUGUGCAGUGCACGUCCGCUUCCACAGUUCGGCCCGUCUGCCUUGCCCACUUAGCUAGCUAGCUAGAUUAGCUAGUUAGCUCUAAUCUUAGCUAGUAUUAGCUGCUCCGAGGCAUGUUAUGUAACUAGGAUAGCUAGAUGCUCUUGGUUAUGCUGUAACAUACGCUAGCUAGCUAAUAGGUUUAGGUAGCUAACGACCUAUGGUCGUAAAAUAGAAUUAAAACAUUUUUAAAAGCUAACUAGAUAAUCAUGCGUGUACAGAGCUAUUCAUUUAGCUAAGUUAGCUAGCUAUCAUUCCUGUUAACAAAUAGGAUAAGCUAUAACUAAGUUAAGAAGUUAGCAGAUUUCAGUAUGGCUAGAUAGCUAAUAAGAAGACAUCAUGUGAGCAACUGUUUUUAACAAGCUUUCAACUGUUAACGCUAUGAUGCUAACCUGUUCCAUUUCCUUUAACCAGGUGUUCGUGCGCUGUCUACGUAAUAGCCGUUUUAGCCAUGAACUGGAACAAGGGUGGUCCGGGUGGGAAACGAGGCUUUGGGUUUGGAGGAUUCUCCCUUGCUGGGAGUAAAAAAGAGGAACCUCGUUUGACACAGAAAUCCCACACCGCAUUUGGGGCAUCUGGAUCAACUGGAGGUUACGGCAAAAACCAGCAGCUGCCAGCGUUUUACAAAAUCGGCACGAAACGCGCAAAUUUUGAUGAAGAAAAUGCAUAUUUUGAGGAUGAAGAGGAGGAGUCAGGCAAUACUGACCUGCCCUAUAUCCCAGCAGAGAACUCCCCAACCAGGCAGCAAUUCCAGUCUAUAGGCAGGGGCUCUGACAGUGAAGAUGACCCCCUCGAUGCCUUUAUGGCUGAGGUGGAGAAUCAAGCAGCGAAGGACAUGAAGAAACUGGAGGACAAAGAAAAAGAGAAAAAGCAGUCCAAGGGUAUACGUGAUGACAUUGAAGAGGAAGAUGAGCAAGAGGCUUAUUUUCGUUACAUGGCGGAGAACCCAACAGCAGGGCUGACCCAGGAGGAAGAGGAAGAGAAUGUCGACUAUGACAGUGACGGAAACCCCAUUGCACCUACCACCAAAAAGAUCAUCCUGCCACUGCCUCCUAUUGACCACUCCGAGAUUGACUACCCUCCUUUUGAAAAGAACUUCUACAUUGAGCAUGAAGAGCUCAAUACCCUAACUGGAACACAAGUGGUGGAACUGAGACAGAAACUUAAUCUGAGGGUGUCUGGAGCUGCUCCCCCUAAGCCCUGUACCAGUUUUGCUCACUUCAGCUUCGAUGAGCAGCUUAUGAACCAGAUUCGCAAAUCUGAGUACACCCAGCCUACACCCAUCCAGUGUCAGGGUGUCCCCAUAGCACUGAGUGGCAGAGACAUGAUCGGCAUCGCCAAAACGGGCAGUGGCAAGACGGCCGCCUUCAUCUGGCCCAUGCUGGUGCACAUCAUGGACCAGAAGGAGCUGGAGCAGGGCGAGGGACCCAUCGCUGUCAUUGUCUGCCCUACCAGAGAACUCUGCCAACAGAUCCAUGCUGAGUGUAAGCGCUUUGGGAAGGUCUAUGGUCUGCGCUCUGUGGCUGUGUAUGGUGGUGGCAGCAUGUGGGAGCAAGCCAAGGCUCUGCAGGAUGGCGCAGAGAUUGUCGUCUGCACCCCGGGUCGACUGAUCGAUCAUGUGAAAAAGAAGGCAACAUCGCUGCAGAGAGUGACUUAUCUUGUAUUCGACGAGGCUGACCGCAUGUUUGAUAUGGGCUUUGAAUAUCAAGUGAGAUCUAUCGCCAGCCAUGUUAGACCAGACAGACAAACUUUGUUGUUCAGUGCCACAUUCAGGAAGAAGAUAGAGAAGCUUGCACGGGAUAUUCUGAUUGACCCGAUCCGUGUCGUACAAGGAGAUAUUGGAGAGGCCAAUGAGGAUGUGACCCAGAUGGUGGAGGUGUUGCCGAGUGGCUCGGAUAAGUGGGUGUGGCUGACACGGCGGCUGGUGGAGUUCACCUCCUCUGGCUCCGUGCUUGUCUUCGUCACAAAGAAGGCGAACUGCGAGGAGCUGGCCACCAACCUGCAGCAGGAGGGCUACAGCCUGGGCUUGCUGCAUGGAGACAUGGAUCAGAGUGAGAGGAACAAGGUUAUCAGUGACUUCAAGAAGAAGAGCCUGCCUGUGUUGGUGGCCACCGAUGUUGCUGCUCGUGGGCUGGACAUUCCCUCUAUCCGCACGGUUGUAAACUAUGAUGUUGCUCGGGACAUUGAUACACACACACAUCGGAUUGGAAGAACAGGUCGAGCUGGAGAAAAGGGUGUCGCUUAUACACUCCUCACAAACAAAGACACCUCAUUUGCUGGUGACCUCGUUCGUAAUUUGGAAGGAGCCAAUCAGAGCGUCCCAAAGGAACUGAUGGAUUUGGCCAUGCAGAAUCCCUGGUUUAGGAAGUCCCGUUUUAAGGUUGGAAAGGGGAAAAAGCUAAAUAUCGGAGGUGGUGGUCUGGGCUACAGAGAGAGACCUGGCCUUGGAUCGGAAUCCUCAGAGCGCAGUGGUAGUGCACUUGGUAACUAUGAGGCCUUCAAACCCUCUACUGGGGCUAUGGGAGACCGCAUGGCUGCUAUGAAGCAAGCCUUUCAGGCCCAGUACAAGAAUCACUUUGUGGCAGCGACUAGCAAUGCUCCCAAACUCAGCACAAAGUCCAGCAGCACUACUGGCUGGACCAGUGCAGGCAGCCUGAGCUCUCUACCCUCAGGUUCUCCUGAAGGGCCCUCUUCCUCUUCCUCUUCCUCCUCCUCAUCCUCCAUGCUGCCUCCCCUGGCCUUUAAUUCAGGCACAAAGAUGGCUGGCUUCAGCAGUGCAGGCACCCUGAGCUCUGUCUCAGACUCGUACUCCUACUCCCCACGAGAGUGGUCCCGUGGCGACAGGUCUGCUGACGAUGGAGGACGUCAUGGAGAUGGUCAUCAUCGUCAUGGAGACAAGCAUGCCGACCGGGACCGGUACGGGGAUAGAGACCGCCACAGUGACAGCCGCAAUGGAGAGGGUGGACGGCGGGACCGGGACCGGGACCGGGAACAAGGCCGAGAUGGACGGUCAGAGAGAGACGAUUGGAGGGGCGGCAGGGAGGGUGGAGAUAGGGCAGGGCUGCACAGAGGCAUGGAAGAUAGCUUUGCUGUUCCAGACCCACCUAAACGGAAGAAAAGCAGGUGGGACAAUUAGAGGCAAGCAGACAAGAGGUGACCCAUUGACCAGUCAGAAGUCAGCAUGCUAAUCAGAAACCCAGCCUUCCCAGCAAAAUUCAACUGUCCACCUUCACCCACUUCAACAUCAGAAAGCCGAAGGGCACUGAAGAAUUUGAGUGUUGAGUCUUCAUCUUACCUUUACUGUAACUGGCUAAGUUACCCAUUUUGUCUGGCAGGUUUCAUGCUGUUUGGGGUUGAGAAUGAGUUAGUGUGAAAAUUGUGAAUUACAUAGAAGCAGAUCUCACCUGUAAAGAGUCAUACAGACCUUGUUUAUUGGUAUAUUUGUGUGAAUCCAUCUCUGUGGGGAAGCCCUUUAGACAUUUUUAGAAGAGUGGGUUUUUUUGGGGCGUUUUUUUUUUAGGGCAGAGGAGAUUUAGUUUAGUUUAGUUUUUUUCCCCUGUGGUGUCGUAUUUCCUGGGUGCAACAGAGAACCAUUCCCUUAUGGAAGAAAAUUUACAUCAAAUCAUAUUUACUUAUUAAUCCACUGCCCCAAAGUGUUUGUGAAUGAUGUAAAUGAUAUAUUUUUUAGGUUUAGGACUUCAUUCUGUAUUUUAGUACAUACUGUUGAAAGCAUGCACUUGUUCGUGGACUAGCCCCUCUUCUCUCUCCUCUCUCUUUUUUUCUUUUUUCUUAUUUUAAACAAAAUGUUAAUCAGCUUAGGUGCAAAGCUAACAUUUAUGCUCAUUGUUGCUCUACGUCGAACACCUGGAGAAUGGUAUAGUCUCCUUCCUUUGAGCACUUGGAUCUUAUCCAGACCUAUAAAGUAUAAGCAUUUACAAACAGUACAUGCAGAUAUGUAAUUGAAAAAGCCAUGUUUUGGUGGUAUAGCAAUCUGGAAUAAAAGUUGACCGUGCUGUAAUAAUUGUUUCCUUCCUUCUCCAUUCUUAUAGACAAUAGGCUUUGAUUAAAGGAACUAAACUCUUCCAUUACAUUCAUCCAUUGUGGGAUCCUGGUACCAGUAUAAUACAAAUCUCAAAGGCUUUACCCGUACAUUAAUAAAUUUUAAGCACCUUUGCUGUUAAA